GUGCAGGGUGCCCGUGCCCAGCCCCAGGGUGCAUGGCCACCCCUACCAGGACAGGGACCACCAUGUCCCAUCUGCUGCCCCUGGGGCCGGGGCUGCUGUGGGCCCCCAGCCCCUCGCAGACAGGGCUUUUCUGGGGCCCUGCCGCCCUGCCAAGGGCUCCGGCUUUAGCCGUCAGCUGACAUUCCUCCGGGAGGCCCCUCCAGGCCUGCGCCUUGGGGCUUCCCGGCAGGACCCGUGCAUCCUUACACGGCGGGGCCGCCCGCGGAGCCCCGCUCCUGGCUCCCACUCGGGAGCUCACCCGCCAGCCGGGUGCCGCCGGCCCAGCACCGAGAGGAGGUUGGCGCAGGGCCCCGCGUGGGCGAUGCUGCCCCGGCACAGCCCCCCCGCUCCGUCCCCCAGCCCCUGCGGUCCCCCCAAGCUCAACAGGGCCGGGCUGACCCAGCUCCUCCGGGCCGAGACCCCACAGACUCAUUCCACUGAUGGCCAGGGUCCCUGGAAGCCCCGCUCAGCGCCCACACCGCGGUGCAGGAUGGGUGCUGCGGCGGUGCCGUGGGUGGCCGCCUGUGUGCUGCUGCUGGCCCUGCUGCCCACGGCCGGCGGGCAGACCACCCCUCCCUCGGGCUGCGGCAAGGACCUCUCCUCCCUCUACUACAACCUCUGCGACCUCUCGGCAGCCUGGGGCAUCGUGGUGGAGGCCGUGGCCAGCCUCGGCGUGGUGACCAGCUUCGUGCUCACCAUCGUCCUGGUGGCCAGCUUGCCCUUUGUGCAGGACCCCCAGAAGAAGAGCCUGGUGGCCACGCAGGUCUUCUUUCUUCUGGGCACCUUUGGGCUCUUCUGCCUCACGUUUGACUUCAUCGUGGGGCCGGAUUUCUCCACCUGCACCUCCCGCCGCUUCCUCUUCGGCGUCCUCUUUGGCAUCUGCUUCUCCUGCCUGCUGGCGCACGCCGUGGCCCUCAACUUCUUGGCACGGAGGAACCGGGGCCCGCGGGGCUGGGUGACGCUGGCAGUGGCCCUGCUCCUUGCCUUGGUGGAAGUCAUCAUCAAUGCCGAGUGGCUCAUCAUCACGGUGGUGCGGCAGGAGGGUGGCUCCCCGGACCCUUGCCAGCUGGCGGACGCUGACUUCGUCAUGGCGCUCAUCUACGUCAUGCUCCUGCUGGUGGCCGCCUUUGGCACCGCCUGGCCAGCCCUCUGCGGCCGCUACAGCCGCUGGCGCAAGCACGGCGCUUUCAUCCUGGCCACCACCGGCCUCUCCAUGGCCAUCUGGGUGGCGUGGACAGCCAUGUACCUCUAUGGGAACCGGCGUGCGGGCAAGAAGCCCGGCUGGGAUGACCCCACGCUGGCCAUCGCGCUGGUCUCCAACGCCUGCGCCUUCCUCCUCCUCUACAUCAUCCCCGAGGUGACGCACGUGACGCGGCGGGGCCCUGAGCAGGCCUUCGAGGAUGACGUCUACCCCACGCGCGGGGUGGGCUACGAGACCAUCCUCAAGGAGCAGAAGUCGCAGAGCAUGUUUGUGGAGAACAAAGCUUUCUCCAUGGACGAGCCCUCCUUCGCCAAGAAGCCGGUGUCCCCGUACAGCGGCUACAACGGGCAGCUGCUGACCAGCGUCUACCAGCCCACCGAGAUGGCUCUGAUGCACAAGGGGCCGGACCCUGCGGGGCUAGGGGUGCUCCCAGCGCCUCUGCAGCCCCCCGCCUCUGCCCCGCAGAGCGAUGGUCCCUAUGACGUGAUCCUGCCCCGCGCCUCCACCGCCAGCCCGGUAGCCGGCAGCGCCAGCUCCACGCUGAGAGCCGAGGAUGCCUUUGCGGUGCAGGCCCGGCACGCCGGCGCCCAGCGGGACGGCAGGAGCUGCCAGGUGCAGUCCCCGUAUGGCAGGAACCGGUGGUGAAACCCCUGCGGCACAGGUCCUGCAGCGCCGGCACAGCCAUGGCCCCGUCAUCCCGCUCCUGCGGUCUCACCAAGCCUUGUGCCACCCCACCACGUACAUCCCACCCCGUCCGGAAGCUGGAGCCGGUUCCUGGGCAGGGGUCACCCGGACACAGUCCCAGAGCCAGCGCUCCUGCCUGCUUGUCCUGCCUGGCCGCAGCACCCGCAAGCUGCCAGCUCUGCCUGGACCCCCACGUCCCAGCCGCUGUCCCUGCCACAAAGACCAAGUCCUGCGGGGCCACCCCGAGUCAUCCCCUCAUUGCCUUCGUGACACACGGACACCCUGUCCCCUCCGGGCCAGGGACCAUCCGUUGCCGAGAAGCCAGGGAGCCAGCAGGACUCUUGCCCAGGGCUCCCCCCGGCGCUGAGCCCCUCGCUCCGUGGUGACCCUCGCCAGCCCCGGGGAUGUCACAGGCCCUGGGCUGAGCCAGCACCAUCCCACCACAGGGCACAAGGUGACACCAAGCUCUCCCCAGCGCUGGCUCCUGCUGUGCCUCAGUUUCCCCAUUGCUGGGGAAGGUGGGGCUGCUCGGGGGCUGGGGAUCAGUGCCUUGCUGGGGCUGGGGACCCAGCCCCCCGCAGCUCCGGCCGCCUUCUCGGUGCCUUCCCCCCUGGGGGCUUGGGGACCCCUUUUGGGGAGCAGGGAGGGAGCUGGGCCCCUCGCCCUCCUCGUGGCUUUCUGUGUCGUUCUUUCUCUUCCCCCUUUUUUUCAGGUCAGACCCAAUAAAGGUGAUUUUUUUCCUA